ACUUUCACAACUCCAGAGUGCACAGACGUACAAUCACCUAAGCCAGAACUUGCACCUCCGUUGAUCGCAGGCAGCAUCUCGACGAGUUAUCUAUCAACCCAACAACAAUAAGGUCAGAUCAAGAAGGCACAAUGCCGGCAGGCACUGCCUCCGACGCAGGCGCCCCUCCUUCAGUACCUUUGAGCUUUUCCAACAAUUUCUGGGGACGAGAUGAUGCCGGAGUCGACCCUCUCCUUACUCGCAUGCAGAAUGCCAAAACUACCUGCGACGAACUCAGAGCCUUCUACAGUGCGCGCGCCGCUUUGGAAGAAGAGUAUGCGAAGAAGCUACACAGUCUGUCGCGGAAGCCACUCGGAAGCGUCGAACAAGGCACGUUGCGAGCGAGUCUCGAUGUCGCAAGAGGAGAAACAGAAUCAAUGGCGAAACAACAUGCCCUAAUCGCUCAGCAAAUGAAGUCGGAGCUCGAGGAACCGCUGGCGGCUUUUUCGGGCGGCAUGAAAGAACGUCGGAAGAUUGUACAAUCUGGCAUAGAGAAGCUCCACAGGUCCAAGCAAGCACAAACCGCACACGUCAACAAAGCGCGAGACAAGUACGAACAAGAUUGCCUGAGAAUAAAAGGCUAUUUGGCCCAAGGCCACAUGGUUAUGGGACAAGAGGAGCGAAAGAACAAGGCCAAGCUCGAAAAGACGCAGAUAAACAUGGCCUCGAACUCGCAAGAAUACGAAGCUGCUGUCAAGGUGCUUGAAGAAACCACUGGACGAUGGAAUAAAGAGUGGAAGGCCGCCUGCGAUAAAUUCCAGGACCUCGAGGAAGAACGACUGGACUUCACCAAGUCUUCACUCUGGGCGUUCGCCAAUAUUGCGUCGACUGUUUGCGUCUCGGAUGAUGCUUCCUGCGAGAAGAUCAGGCUUGCUCUGGAAAACUGCGAAGUGGAAAAAGACAUCAGCAAUUUCAUCAAGACCUGCGGGACGGGUCAAGAAAUUCCAGAUCCUCCACGAUACAUCAACUUCUGUCGAGGAGAUGUUGACACUCAGUCCGAGGUCUCGGAAGACGACAACUACUCUGUGGCACAAUUCUCACGCACCACGAAUCCUGCUUUCAGAUCAUCGUCGCCAACUCAUUCAAACGCCACGAGAAGUACGCGUGACACUCCUCAACGCAUGUCAGAAGAGCCCAUGAUACCUAAUGAAGACGACAUGCCGACUCCUUCCAAUUCCAACAGUGGUCGUCCGCCCCCUCUCAACUACAAACAGUCCGGUCCCAACGUUCCUCCAAAUUAUUCACCCAGCCAGCACGGUGAUGUACCUCAAGUACCUCACAACCAGUAUCCCACCGAUGGCAUGACCAUGUUUUGCCGGACAGAUGCACCUCCUUCGGUAUCUGGUUCUGCCUUAUCUUCAAACACCAGACCUGAAAGCAGAGAUAGUGAGAGCCAAUACUCCGCACCCAGUUCGUUCACAAGUGCUGAGCCGGUGUCGGCCGCGGCCUCACCAACCAAGACGGCCCCUAUAAACGGCAUCGAGCUGCCAGGCAUGGGUUCUCCCGAGAAAUCGGUGCAAAAGAAGCGAUCAGGCUUCUUCUCGAACAGCCCUUUCCGGCGGAAGUCGAGGAAGGAGCACGACAAUCCUGCAGCCAGUCCUCCAAAUGGCAAUACAUGGUCUUCAAGCUCAGCUACUGGUGGUAGAAUCAACCUCAACCCGACUGUGUCCAGCUCGCAUUCCAGUCCUACCAAGUCGCCUACCAAGCACACAGCAAGCUUCUUCAACCGAAACACUGCAGCUAUGGCACCCGAAGGCGAAGAACCUGCUGAUCCUCGAGCAAAUUUUCAGCUGAAUGUGGGCAACAAUGUUUUCGAUGUGGCCAGUCCCGAUGGUCAAACUGCUACGCCAAAAGCAAGUUCUGCAAAUCGCCGCAGUCAAUUUCUUCCUCCACCUUCGAGCAUGGGCGAUGAUGCUAUGCAUGACCCAAUCGCACAGGCACUGGCUGAUCUCAAACGCACUUCCAAUGGUGUGACAGGUAUGGCGAAGCAGUCCAGUACCCGCGUUCCAGUGGAUCGCUAUCACGGCGUUGCAACUCCGGCUCCUGACCAAGACCCGACCACACGGCCAGGCUUGAUCAGUGCCGAGAGUCAAGCACGAAUGGCAGCCCAACGAGGGACACCGCCGCCGACGUACGAGUCGGCGGCAGAAAGACAGAGUGCGCUGGGUGUGCCGCAACCCGCUCACACUAAGAAGGAAAUGCUGAACCGGACAGAGACUUGGGGUGCUGGUUCUGUCGCGUCGAAUCCUAGAAGUAAUCAACAAAGACCCGGGACGAGAGACGGAAGGAGAAGCCCAGGACCUGGUAUAAUGAGGGCAGCCAGCCCCCAGCCACCAGGCCAAUAUCAACGAUCGAGAAGCCCGGGCCCAGGCAUGAUCCCAAGAGCAGCAAGUCCGCAACCACAGAAUCAAUAUCAGCGUUCGAGGAGUCCAGCUCCUGGUAUGCCUCGUGCUACUAGUCCGCAGCCUCAACGCCAAGAUCCGUACAUGAGGUCGCGCAGUCCCGGUCCGGCAAUGAUGCAGCAGGGUGGCCCACAAUACCGAGCGGCUUCACCCAAUCCCCAUGGAGGCGGGAGACCGAGAGGGCAAGGCUCGGCCUCCCGACAAGGAAGUGGAAUGGAAAUGCAGCUCAGCUCCUCGGAUGUGACGAGAUACGAUGGAUCUGGCAACGGCAGUGGCAGAGGUCGACAAAGCAUGGCUAGGCCGACCUCCAGUUUCGGAGGCGAUCGCUACCAGCAGCCUCAAGGUUAUGAUGGGCGUGAUUCUAGACAAAGAGGUGGUGCAGACAUCGAGUUGAGAAGAGAGAGAAGUAAAAGUCUGGCGAAUAUUCCAUUCCGGCCAGCGCAACCGCAACCUUUGCAUUAUGCUCGUGCAAUGUACAGCUACACAGCUGCGAUACCCGAAGAGCUUACGUUCAGCAAAGGCGACAUAUUGGCCGUGCUGAGAAUACAAGACGACGGAUGGUGGGAAGCAGAAGUCCGCGAGAGCAUGAAAGGCACGAGAGGAGGCAGUAUUGGAUUGGUUCCCAGCAAUUAUCUCCAGCGGUGCUGAUUGAUUACUUGAGAUGUCCGGUGUGGUCGAGUAAUAGCUGUUUGAUUGCUAUUGACGGUAAGGAGCGCAUUUGAAUGAAGAGCUCCUGAUUGGCAUGUUUGGGUCGGAUGUGAGACGAUGUGCUUUUACCAUGAAGUCUGGAGCAUCACAUUGACGUUUGCGGUUGGAAAUGUGGAGUCAUCGGGAGCAGGUGUCUGUGUAUAUACCAGAUACAUAGUACCCAGGGCUCGCUUGCCGGUGGCGACAACGUAUGUCAUACAGUAACUUGGAUUUUUUUUCGGAGCAAUACAGUUGAACGUGGACAGGGAAGGUGUUGGAUGUUCAAGGACUUUUCUUUUUCACCAGGUUUUGACGCCCGGAGGGGCACUGCGUAAGUCCUCCAGUAUCCCUUGAUAUAUAGGUACCUAGGGUACUAUACCUGGUACACCACUUAUGCCCAAGGAGGACACCACUGUGGGUCAAUGA